AGGUGCCGCGGGCAGCACACUCCCUAGAGCUAGGACCACUAGUUCCGUCAAAUCCGGGGCGGGCCAUUCAAACAGCUAAGGGAGGCGUCUCCUAGUGUGCCUUUUCCUGAGUCAUCUCUGCACGUGUUUGCCCCCUUUUUUCUUCGCUGCUUGUAGCUAAGUGUUCCUGGAACCAAUUUGAUACGGGAGAACUAAGGCUGAAACCUCGGAGGAACAACCACUUUUGAAGUGACUUCGCGGCGUGCGUUGGGUGCGGACUAGGUGGCCGCGGCGGGAGUGUGCUGGAGCCUGAAGUCCACGCGCGCGGCUGAGAACCGCCGGGACCGCACGUGGGCGCCGCGCGCUUCCCCCGCUUCCCAGGUGGGCGCGGGCCGCCAGCCCACCUCCCGUCCGGCCCCGGGGAUGCGCGUCCUCCUCGCAGCGCUGGGACUGCUGUUCCUGGGGGCGCUACGAGCCUUCCCACAGGAUCGACCCUUCGAGGACACCUGUCAUGGAAACCCCAGCCACUACUAUGACAAGGCUGUCAGGAGGUGCUGUUAUCGCUGCCCCACGGGGCUGUUCCCGACACAGCAGUGCCCACAGAGGCCUGCUGACUGCAGAAAGCAGUGUGAGCCUGACUACUACCUGGAUGAGGCCGACCGCUGUACAGCCUGCGUGACUUGUUCUCGAGACGACCUCGUGGAGAAGACGCCGUGUGCAUGGAACUCCUCCCGUGUCUGCGAAUGUCGACCUGGCAUGUUCUGUGCCACGUCUGUCGUCAACUCCUGUGCCCGCUGCUUCUUCCAUUCGGUCUGUCCAGCAGGGAUGAUUGUCAAGUUCCCAGGCACGGCGCAGAAGAACACAGUCUGUGAGCCGGCUUCCCCAGGGGUCAGCCCUGCCUGUGCCAGCCCAGAGAACUGCAAGGAACCCUCCAGUGGCACCAUCCCCCAGGCCAAGCCCACCCCGCUGUCCCCAGCAACCUCCAGUGCCAGCACCAUGCCUCUAAGAGGGGGCACCCGCCUCGCCCAGGAAGCUGCUUCUAAACUGACGAGGGCUCCCGACUCUCCCUCCUCUGUGGGAAGGCCUAGUUCAGAUCCAGGUCUGUCCCCAACACAGCCAUGCCCACAGGGGUCUGGUGACUGCAGGAAGCAGUGUGAGCCCGACUACUACCUGGACGAGGCCGGCCGCUGCACGGCCUGCGUGAGCUGUUCUCGAGAUGACCUUGUGGAGAAGACGCCAUGUGCAUGGAACUCCUCCCGCGUCUGCGAAUGUCGACCUGGCAUGAUCUGUGCCACAUCAGCCACCAACUCCUGUGCCCGCUGUGUCCCCUACCCAAUCUGUGCAGCAGAGAUGGUCACCAAGCCCCAGGAUAUGGCUGAGAAGGACACCACCUUUGAGGUGCCACCCCUGGGGACCCAGCCUGACUGCAACCCCACCCCAGAGAAUGGCGAGGCGCCUGCCAGCACCAGCCCCACUCAGAGCUCGCUGGUGGACUCCCAGGCCGGUAAGACGCUGCCCAUCCCAACCAGCGCUCCCGUUGCUCUCUCCUCCACAGGGAAGCCCGUUCUGGAUGCAGGGCCAGUGCUCUUCUGGGUGAUCCUGGUGCUGGCUGUGGUGGUCGGCUCCAGCGCCUUCCUCCUGUGCCACCGGAGGGCCUGCAGGAAGCGAAUUCGGCAGAAGCUCCACCUGUGCUACCCGGUCCAGACCUCCCAGCCCAAGCUAGAGCUUGUGGAUUCCAGACCCAGGAGGAGCUCAACACAGCUAAGGAGUGGCGUGUCGGUGACAGAACCCAUCGAGGAAGAGCUGGGGUUAAUGAGCCAGCCGCUGACGGAGACCUACCACAACACGGGGGCAGCCUACCUGGAGAGCCUGCCACUGCAGGAUGCCAGCCCGGCCGGGGGCCCCUCGUCCCCCAGGGACCUUCCUGAGCCCCGGGUGUCCACGGAGCACACCAAUAACAAGAUUGAGAAAAUCUACAUCAUGAAGGCUGACACCGUGAUCGUGGGGACCGUGAAGGCUGAGCUGCCGGAGGGCCGGGGCCUGGCGGGGCCAGCAGAGCCCGAGUUGGAGGAGGAGCUGGAGGUGGACCAUACCCCCCACUACCCCGAGCAGGAGACAGAACCGCCUCUGGGCAGCUGCAGCGAUGUCAUGCUCUCAGUGGAAGAGGAAGGGAAAGAAGACCCCUUGCCCACAGCCGCCUCUGGAAAGUGAGGCCUGGGCUGGGCUGGGGCUAGGAGGGCAGCAGGGUGGCCUCUGGGAGGCCAGGAUGGCACUGUUGGCACCAAGGUUGGGGGCAGAGGCCCGUCUGGCCUGAACUGAGGUUCCAGCAUCUAGUGGUGUACCGGCCGGUCAUUGCAGGGGUCUGGUGGUCUCUGCUUGCAUCCCCCACUUAGCUGUCCCCUGACCCAGAGCCUAGGGGAUCCGGGGCUUAUACAGAAGAGACAGUCCAAGGGGACUGGAUCCCAGCAGUGAUGUUGGUUGAGGCAGCAAACAGAUGGCAGGAUGGGCACUGCCGAGAACAGCAUUGGUCCCAGAGCCCUGGGCAUCAGACCCUCACCACCAGGCCCACAGCCCAGCGAGGGAGAAGUUGUGAGGCUGGCUCCCAGUGCCCCUGUAACCCUACUCUCCUCUCUCCCUGGAUCUCAGAGGUGACACCCAUUGGGCACUUCCGGCAUGCCCCCAGUUACUGUAAAUGUGGCCCUCAGUGGGCAUGGAGCCAGUGCCUGUGGUUGUUUCUCCAGAGUCAAAAGAGAAGUCGAGGGAUGGGGCGUCGUCAGCUGGCACCGUCUCUGCUGCAGCAGCCACACUGUACUCUGCGCUGGCAUGGGGGCCCCUGCCUGGGCUGCGGGACCCUCCUGGUGCUGCCUACCUCCCCUGUCCUGUAGCCCCCUUGGUGGGCCCAGGGCCUAGGGCUGAGGAUCAAGUCACUCAUCUCAGAAUGUCCCCCACCAGUCCCCACCACAGCA